CAUGCUUUAGUACAGCCUCAUGCCUCUAAGAACGCGAUAUUUUUCAUAUUUUACUUGCAUAGCUACUAUCUACGAUAUAUACAUAUAUAUGUAUACAUACAUAUACAAAACUGUGAAAAACGUUCGAAUUUUCUCACCGUCGCCAUUAAUAGUCAGUUUUCAUGAAAAAUUAACCGUUACAUUUGUCAAGUUGACUCGUUGAAUUUCUAGAACAUUUGCCUAAUUUUACUUCAUCAUUCUUUUGCGGUAUAGAUAUCGAGCCCAUAGACGAAAAAAAUGGGACCUACAAAAAACACCAAAUUCAACGAAGAAUGGCUUCAGGAGGUCGAUUUCUCCGCGUGGCUCAAAGCUGUUUCCGGUAAACCGCAUAGUGCUCAAUGCACUUGGUGUCAUACUACAUUUUCGCUAAGCAAUAUGGGUAGACGUGCGCUUUCAAGCCACGCCGAAUCGAAAAAACACCGAAUUAUAUGGAACACCAGGGGGAAAUCCCACGAUGUUGCUGCAUUGCUCUCACCCAAUGCACUUCAAGUUGCGCCAAUCAUCCCGGCUAUCAGGAAUCCGUCUACAUCUCAAUCAGCUUCAACUGCAAAAGCCUCUACCACGACAUCGCUAUCGAUCGAUUCAGCAGAACAGGAUGGACCAGAAAUCCGUUCAUUGCAACUGCCUAGGAUUACCUCAUUUCUGUUAUCAGAGAGUGUGACUCGUGCGGAAAUUUUGUGGUGUUUGCACACCGUGGAAGCACACAACUCAUUGCGUGCGGCUGCCAAAGGUGUAGCACUUUUCACGCUUAUGUUUCCGGACUCAGCAAUUGCCCAAAAAAUACAAUUGCAACGUACGAAAUUAGCGUACCUAUUGGUGCAUGGCCUAGCCCCAUUUUUUCAUAACGAGCUCGUUCAAGACUGUAACAAUUGCACUGAUAUUGUGGUUGGGUUUGAUGAGUCUCUCAAUAAAGUUGCGCAACUUGGGCAAAUGGACAUUACUGUCCGUUUCUGGUGUCAGCGAAAUAACCAAGUGACAACGAGAUAUUUCACAUCUGCUUUUUUAAAUCACGCGACUGCUGCAGAUCUGCUACGCGCAUUCACAUCGGCUCUGUCCGAGCUCAAAAUCAAGAUGCUUCUUCAAGUCUCCAUGGAUGGGCCGAAUGUCAAUGUCAAGUUUCAUCGUGAUCUCCGUGAGAGCUUGGCUUCGGACCCUGACGAUCCCCUGCUAGUUGAUAUUGGUAGCUGCGGUUUGCAUACCGUAAAUUGUGCAUUUAAGGCGGGCAUCAAAGCAACCUCAUGGCAAAUUUCCGAAUUUCUCCGUGCUCUCUACGUUAUCUUCAAAGACACACCAGCUCGGAGAGGAGAUUACACACACUAUUCCGGCUCAAAAGUAUUUCCGCAAAAGUUCUGCAGCGUGCGAUGGCUAGAAAAUGAUUCAGUCGCAGAAAGAGCGGUUGAUAUCAUACCUAACGUCACAAAGUAUAUUGAAGCACUGUAUAAAAAUAAAAUACCUGACACCAAAAGCUUCAAGAUUGUGCAAUCGAUAUUGAAGGAUCCUCUAUUAACGUGCAAACUAAGAUUUUUUCAAUCUGUCGCAGCCGAGGUGCAACCAUUUUUAACGGAGUUUCAAGCUGAUAAGCCAAUGGCUCCUCUGUUAUUUGAAUCUUUGUGCAAAGUGAUUCGAAACAUCAUGAGUAGAUCCGUUAAAAGUGAAGUCUUGAAUGCCGCAAAAUAUGUACACGAAGUCAACUUUUCUGACAAACAAAAUCUUCUCGAUAUCAAACACGUCGAUUUGGGUUAUGCAACUCAUGAUGCGAUGCGAAAAGUACGUACCCAACUAAAUGACCGUGAUAUAUCAGUAUUUCGUCAAGAGUGUCGAAAUUGCCUCCAAAAAUUGGGUGAAAAACUUCAGAUGCGUUCUCCUCUGAAAUUUACGCUUACAAAAGAAAUAUCCUGUUUGGAUCCUGAAGUAGCUGUACGACCAACCAUUCGUGAUGCUCGUAUUGGACUUGCUCUGAAAGUCUUAGUGGAAAAUCGGCGAAUUACUGGCGUCGAUGCUGAUAAAGCUCACAGGCAAUUUAUGGACGUUUGCAAAACAAAAAUGUUCGAAGAAUCAAUGGGAAAGUUUUCUAGAAAAAACGAUAGAUUAGAUACUUUAUGGAUGUCGCUGGUUGAAGGAAGAGAAGGGGAGACAGCAGAACUGACUUCAUUUCUGAGAAAAAUCUUGAUCCUGUCCCAUGGAAAUGCUGAUCUGGAGAGGGGAUUUUCAGUUAACCGAGAGUGCCUAGUUGAAAAUCAAAAGCAGGAAUCACUAAUCGCACAAAGGCAAGUCUAUGAUUUCGUCACGUUAGCUGGACGCGUUGAAUCAAUUAUUAUUACGAAGAAAAUGAUUCAUGCUGCUCGCAACGCCCGAACGCGAUAUCAAGAAGCCUUGAAUCGGCAAGAAAAAGAACGGUCCCAAAGUGAUCUUGCAAAUGCUGAAAAGAGAGUAGUUACACUUCAGCUUCGAGAACUUGAAAAGCAGAAACGUGAACUGAUAAGGAAUGCCGAUACAGAAAAAGCGUACCUGGACGACCAAAUAGCCUUGCUCAAGAAGCAAUGCAUCUGA